AUGGAUUGCUAUGAAAGGGUCUCCGUCAUCGGCAAAGGCCCUCUGGGAUUAACCUACAAGAUGAGAAAUAAGGGAACAAAUGAACUUGUGGCUUGUAGAAUUAUCGACCGAGUUGACGAGCCAUCAGGCCAGGUCCGGACCAUUCUCGAGGAGACGAUAGUCUUUGCUCCCCUAGCCCAUCCGCAUAUUGCUGGCUGUCUGAGCCUCCACCACGAUCGAGCAAAAGAUAUGUUCUACUUUGUCCAGGAAUACUUUCCAUGCACACUGCACGAUCUUUUGAUAAAGCACCAACACUCGGGGACGUACUUUAGCGAAGACGCCAUCUGGGAGGUUCUUACACAAAUGCUGUUAGCACUCACAUUUCUACACAGCUCUGAGGGGAAGUCUGUCAAGAACUGCAACUAUGAGCCUCUCAUUGUUCACCGGCUGAUCCAUAGCAAUCUCAAGCCAUCAAAUGUAAUGAUAACACCUGAUGGACGAAUCAAGCUCGUGGAUAACCGCAUUCGACAGCCCAUCCGUGCGUAUCUUGAGAGAUGCGGAGACAUGUCUCUCCACUACUAUACGGCUCCGGAGCUUUACGACUCUGAGGAUAAGUGGACCGAGGCAAUUGACGUCUGGUCUGUCGGGUGUAUCGCUUACCACAUGGCUGCUCUCAAGCCGCCGUUUCAAGCUGCCAUGUUGGAUCAAGUACUUGCCCAGCAGCGCGCCGGCACUUGUGCCUCAAUCCCUUCGCACUACUCCUGUGAUCUUCAGAAGCUUAUAUCUUCUAUGUUGACUGUGGAUUGUGCCAGCAGACCGUCCAUCUCGAGCCUCUCUUCUCAUCCACAUAUUCACCUCACCAUGGACCGACUUUCUAGUUCCUCACGGACAAGCCUUGCAGUGUUGCUCACAUAG